GGCUCCGGGAGGUGGGUGGGGCCAGCAUUAGUACUUCCGGUUUGGCUUCGGCCGCCCCUCAACUCCUCUCCUUCCCCCCCCUCCGCCUCCUCGUCUCCCUCCCGCUCCUGGGAAAGCGAAGCCGUCGCUUUAAGGGUGGCUGAGAGAAGCACUCGGCGUCUCGGGGAGGGGACCGCGCCCGCCCCCUUGGAACCACGGAGCGUGGCCGAUACAGGUUACAAAAUGUCCUCCUAUGCUUGAGACCUACAGACUACAUGUUCUUCAAGACCUAAUCAGUGGUUUUUCAUCUCCUGGAAGUACACUAGAAGCAUAAAUAUGGUGCCAAAACUCAUUCUCACCCUCUGACUGCAGUUGAUUUGGACAUACUUCUGUGUUGAAGAGAAGUAUACACACUAAGGUCACUCAUUGUUCAGAGACUGUGGUGUAGGAUCAUGGACCAUUCUAACAGGGAAAAAGAUGAUAGACAGCGGACAACUAAAACUAUGGCACAAAGGAAUACACACUGUUCUAGACCAUCUGGCACCUCAGCAUCCUCUGGGGUUCUCAUGGUGGGACCCAACUUCAGGGUUGGCAAGAAGAUAGGAUGUGGGAACUUCGGAGAGCUUAGAUUAGGUAAAAAUCUCUACACCAAUGAAUAUGUAGCCAUUAAACUGGAACCAAUAAAAUCUCGUGCUCCACAACUUCAUUUAGAGUACAGGUUUUAUAAACAGCUUGGCAGUGCAGGUGAAGGCCUCCCACAGGUAUAUUACUUUGGACCAUGUGGGAAGUACAAUGCCAUGGUACUGGAGCUCCUGGGCCCUAGCUUGGAGGACUUAUUUGACCUCUGUGACCGAACAUUUACUUUGAAGACGGUGUUAAUGAUAGCUAUCCAGUUGCUUUCUCGAAUGGAGUAUGUACACUCAAAGAAUCUCAUUUACCGAGAUGUCAAACCAGAGAACUUCUUGAUUGGCCGACAAGGCAAUAAGAAAGAGCAUGUAAUACACAUAAUAGAUUUUGGACUGGCCAAGGAAUACAUUGAUCCUGAAACCAAAAAACACAUACCUUACAGAGAGCACAAAAGCCUAACUGGAACUGCACGAUACAUGUCUAUCAACACGCAUCUGGGCAAAGAGCAAAGCCGGAGAGAUGAUUUGGAAGCCCUAGGCCAUAUGUUCAUGUACUUCCUUCGUGGCAGCCUGCCCUGGCAAGGACUCAAGGCUGAUACAUUAAAAGAGAGAUAUCAAAAAAUUGGUGAUACCAAAAGGAAUACUCCCAUCGAAGCUCUCUGUGAGAACUUCCCAGAGGAGAUGGCAACCUACCUUCGAUAUGUCAGGCGACUAGACUUCUUUGAAAAACCUGAUUAUGAGUAUUUACGAACCCUCUUCACAGAUCUGUUUGAACGGAAAGGCUACACUUUUGACUAUGCCUAUGAUUGGGUUGGAAGGCCUAUUCCCACUCCAGUAGGAUCAGUUCAUGUAGAUUCUGGUGCAUCUGCAAUAACUCGAGAAAGCCACACCCACCGAGAUCGGCCAUCACAACAACAGCCUAUUCGAAAUCAGACUGCAUCAUCAGAGCGCCGAGGAGAGUGGGAAAUCCAGCCCAGCCGGCAGACCAAUACCUCAUUCCUGACGUCUCACUUGGCCACAGACCGCCAUGGGGGUUCAGUACAGGUGGUCAGCUCAACCAACGGAGAGCUGAAUGUUGAUGACCCCACUGGAGCUCACUCAAAUGCACCAAUCACAGCUCAUGCCGAGGUGGAGGUAGUGGAGGAAGCUAACUGCCUGAAAAUGCUCAACCUGUGGUGCUGCUGUUUCUUUAAGAGGAAAAGGAAGAAGACUGCUCAGCGACAUAAGUGACCAGUGCCUCUCCCGGAAGUCCUCAAGUCCUGGGGACUCUGGCUCCUAUUGCACCUGCAGCUCCUGCCAUUUCUCAUUGGAAGGGACUCCUCUGUGGGGGAGGGUGGAGAUCGAAACCAAAAAGAAGAAAACAGAUGCCCCCAGAAGGAGCCAGUGCAGGCAGCCAGGGCCCAGUGGGCCAGUGGCAAUCCCCUGUGUGAGCUCUGAGCGGGUCCAGAGCUGCUGCUUCUCCAUUGCUUGCCCUUGGGCUAUCUGGUUGACUCUCUUCCCAAUGUUUACAGUGAAGGUGUCAUUCACAAAAACUCAAGGACUACUAUUCUCUCCCCUCCUCUUUCUUUACUCUUGGUUCUUACACCACCCUCAACCCUCUCCAGCAUAAAAACUACUAAGCUAAAGGCUCUGUCAAGAAGCUGGUGGUGUGGCCAAGAAAGUAGAAGGAAGAUGACAGACGUGGGCUGGAGAACUUCUCCACUUCCCAGGUGUGUCUAGUGGUGUGGCUUCCUCUCCCUCUGCCUGGGUGACCCCCAGCCCAGCUGGCCACAGGGUUCAGGUUCCUCCCUCUUCCCCUCCCUCCUGUGAAUUUACACUGUAGGACACAAGCUGUGAGAAAUCUGCAGUCUACUGUCCCUGUGUGUUGGCGUUCUUAGCUUUUGAUAAGCAAAUCCCUUGCUCGACUAUAGCAAACAGGCCUGUGGCUCUGAGCAAAGGAGAGGAAACUGA